AAAUACAAGCGCCGGUUCAUUUCUGCAGACAAUUUCAAAACGUUCGUUUUGCUGGAUUAUUCUCUAGCUGCUAUUUUCUAUUCGUUCACUUAUUAUUUAUAUUGUUGGCAAUGGUGGUAGCAGGACCACCAGCAGGAUUAGAUGAUCUGUCUGUCGCGUACAACAUGGCUGCAGUAAUACCGAAUGUAACUAGGAUUUCGUCGCGUAUAAUUAGGGUAUUAGGAUGUAAUCCCAGCCCUAUGACGUUACAAGGAACGAACACGUAUUUAAUAGGAACUGGCAAAAGGAGAAUAUUAUUGGAUACUGGAGAUUCUGGAGUUCCGCAAUACAUUAACCAUUUGAAAACUGUUUUGCACAAUGAAAAAGUCGAUUUGUCGCAUAUUUUUAUAUCGCAUUGGCAUCACGAUCACGUCGGUGGUAUAAAUGAUGUUUUAGAAUUAGAAAACACCAGAGAAUGUCAAAUUUGGAAGUAUCCUAGAAGCGAAGAUGAUACAACAGUAGCGAAAUUCGAUUAUCUUAAAGACGGACAAGAAUUCUGCGUGGAAGGUGCCACAUUAAGAGUGCUUCACACGCCGGGUCAUACAACGGAUCACGUCGUUUUUCAUUUACUCGAAGAAAACGCAAUUUUCAGUGCGGAUUGUAUCCUCGGCGAAGGCACUGCAGUCUUUGAAGACCUCCACGAUUACAUCCAUUCCUUACAACUGAUAUUAGAAUUAGAACCGAGCAUCGUUUACCCUGGUCAUGGUAACAUUGUGCACGACCCAACGGAAAAGAUAAAAUUCUACAUAAAUCAUAGGUUGCAACGCGAGUCGCAAAUUCUGGAUAUUCUAAAAGAGAAUGUCGAUUCGUGUUUCGAUGAGAUGGAAUUAGUAUCGAAGAUUUACGUGGACACGCCGGAAAAUCUGUUUCCAGCUGCGGCCGUGAACGUGGGCCAUCACCUCACGAAAUUGGCGAAAGAAGGUAAAAUAGUUAAAGCAAAUGGAAAGUGGCAGUAUAAACAAACUUAAAAUGUAUUUUUAUUAAAUAUUAAAUUCAAAUAAAGAAUA